CCUUCCAUUUUUUCCACAUACAGUGUUACAAUACAUUGCUCGAUCCCCCUCCCUUUCCUAAUCUCCUCUCUCUCUCUCUCUCCUCAUCCAUCCCCGGCUCCCAUGUAUUCCCCUGCAGAUAUCACAAGCUCCUGCUGCUGCCGCACCUGCGCCUGCACCUGCAGCUUCUCCAGCUGCAGUGGAAACAGCUGCUAAAUUCCCCCAUGAGCCUCUGCUUUCCUGCUCCCUCUCUCUAGAUCGACUUUCUUGGAACCCCAGCACCAACACACAAGAACAACCGACUACAGUGGUACUAGAUUACCACUUGUGCACAUAUACUGGUCACAUAUAGUACCAGUAGCCUGUGAUCGAUCGAUGCGCAGGUGAGCCGCCGCCGCUCGCUCGCUCGCCGCGGCUAGCUGCAUCUCUGGCUUGCUACAUAUGGAGGAUCUGUACAGCAUCCACCCGGGGAUCUCGCGGGUCGGCGGCGCGGCGAGCGAGGCGUCCGGCGUGGUGCUAGGCGGGCCCUCGCCGUCGGAUCUGACGGAGCUCAUGAAGGCGCAGAUCGCCAGCCACCCGCGCUACCCUACCCUCCUCUCCGCCUACAUCGAAUGCCGCAAGGUUGGGGCGCCUCCGGAGGUGGCGUCGCUGCUGGAGGAGAUCGGCCGGGAGAGGCGCGCCGGCGCCGGGGCGAUCGGCGUCGACCCCGAGCUCGACGAGUUCAUGGAGUCAUACUGCCGUGUGCUGGUGCGGUACAAGGAGGAGCUUUCGCGGCCGUUCGACGAGGCCGCGUCGUUCCUCAGCAGCAUCCAGACGCAGCUCAGCAACCUCUGCAGCGGCGGCAGCUCGCCGGCCGCCACCGCCACGCACUCCGAUGAAAUGGUGGGUUCUUCUGAUGACGAGCAGUGCUCUGGGGAAACCGAUGGGCUCGACAUAGGCCAAGAGCACAGCUCCCGCAUAGCUGACCAUGAACUGAAGGAAAUGCUUCUCAAGAAGUACAGCGGCUGCCUCAGUCGACUCCGGUCUGAGUUUUUGAAAAAGAGGAAGAAAGGGAAGCUGCCAAAGGAUGCACGGACAGCGCUCAUGGACUGGUGGAACACGCAUUACCGCUGGCCAUAUCCUACAGAAGAAGAUAAGGUGAGGCUCGCAGCGAUGACCGGUCUCGACCCGAAGCAGAUCAACAACUGGUUCAUCAACCAGCGGAAGCGACACUGGAAGCCGUCCGAGGACAUGCGGUUCGCACUCAUGGAGGGUGUCACGGGUGGAUCAUCUGGGACGACGCUCUACUUCGAUACAGGCACAAUUGGACCGUGAAUUGGUGCAUAGAAUUCUUCAAGAAAUUUGGCCAGACCAAUCAGUACUAGACCUGGUGCAUGAUGAUGAUCAAACCUACCGGGCCAAAAUCGUUCAGGUCAAUCAACUGCCUAGCUCAUUAUUUUGCUAGUGCGAGAACGUGUAUAUGGCAUCGUACCAAAACAAAUUGUAUAAGCGAUCUCAGGAUGGAGACCUUGAAAAGCUGUUAUUAGUUGUUCAAUUUGUGUUGAUCGCUCAUGGAUUAUAUGUAAUAAUCUGUGUUUAUACUGGCUACCCAAUUUAACUGUUAGAUAGGGCCGAUGACUUAUAAAGUUAACUUUACUUGUACUGAAAGAGCUGUCUAUUAUGUUGAUUAUGAUUGCGCAUGUAGGUGCCAUUUUCCUACUA